AUGCAAAACCCCAGCAGGCGGCCCACUGUCUCUCUCGCUGGACCCCCUGCUUGUUCCGGGAUCCAAGGUUGGGCUGACCUCCCAGAUGAGUUGCUUCAUCUCAUCGUUGCUCGGUUGGGCUCCUUUCAAGACAUUCUUGGCUUCGCCGCAACAUGCCCCUCUUGGCGUACUGCCUCCUCUUCAUACCCAUCGAAAUCUACAUUCCGCACAAAAUUCCCACCUCUCCUCAUCCAGCCCCGUGUCCGUCAUGAACAAGAUCCUCUUCUUCCUUCUACUGAUGGUUGCCGUGAGCUACUCAAAUGUAAGGUUAUUGAUCCAGCCAACCCGAACGCCGCCCUUCACUGCCAGAUUCCUCAAGAAACCCUGGAGAAUAUGAAAUGUAUCGGCUCUUCCUAUGGUAAUAUCAUCUACUACCGCGAAGGAUAUUGUCGCAUCGUCGAUGUCUUCACUGGAAUGGAGGUUUCAGCUCCAUGUCUCCCACCCAGUGCCAAGUGUUCGAUAUACCGCUGUAAUGGCAUUCUAACAGCCCCUGUCACAUCACCCAACUCACAUCUCAUUGUCAGUACCAGCACCUACCACAAGUCCUACUUAUUUGAUUGGCGUGUUGGAAGCGACUCUUGGUCCCAAGCCCAGCUUCCUUAUAUGUAUACGGACCAGAUUGUGGAAUUCAAUGGUCAGCUCAUUCUCUCGGAUGGCAAUGGGUGGUUCCACUCUGUGCAGGUGGCCCCUCAGCUUGGUCUGCAGGAGAUAACAACCGACAAGGAUGACUGGAGUCAGGAACAUCGUGAUAUGACAGCGCUGGUGGUUUGCGGUGACAUGCUUAUCCCGUUGACCGUUUUUACGCUCUACCGCCUCGACGUGUCAACCGAGCCCGCGACAAUGCUGCCCAUGGAGAAGCUGGAUGAUUGGGCACUCUUUCUGGGGGCAGAACCAAACGGCAUGCCACUUUCGUGCAUGAGCCCGGAAAAAUGGGGAGGGAGGAGCAACACCUCGUACUGUGCCGGCUAUGGCUCUCAGCCUUGUACUUUCCACGGACUGCAUGAGGAGCCGGAUCCUGUGUUGGACACGCCGCCCGUUGACUGUGACCAUUGGAAUCCGCCGCUUUCUCGCGCUCACAGGGACCGCUACUCCGACCCUUGGGCUAUACGCUGGUACGGCGAACAGCACCCCGUGCAGUUAGCUCUGCCACUCUGGCUGUACCCAAGCAUGUUCUACUAUGGUGCCGGAGAGUGA